GAAGCUCUUCGACUUGAACAGACGUAGUGAAGUGUAAACAAGUAUGAACUACCACCACCAUCACUACUACAAUUAUCACAACUACUAACAGAAAUAGUAGUAUUAUUUAUUAUACUAUUACUACAACUACUACUACUAAUAAUGUUACUGUAAUGCUGUGUGUGUGUCAAUGCAGCCAUUUUGUUUGGUCCUCGAUUGUAUAGUACUGUUGUUGUUAGUACGUUAGUGUCUAUCUAUCUACCUACAAGCCUCUCUCUCUCUCUUUCAUAGUGUAUCUGUUAUAUCUGUAUGUUCUAUAUAGACACAUCUAGCACGCUUUCUAUAUAUAAAUCUAUCCCUUUCUAUCUCCAGCUCUCUCUCCCCUUCUCUCACUUCUUUCUCCUCUUUCUCUUUCUCUGACCCCCGCCUCUCUUUCUCUCUCUCUCUCUCUUUUCAUAUAUCUAUCUAUCUCUCUAUCUCUCUCUCUCUCUCUAUAUAUAUAUAUAUACACGCAUAUACGUGUCUCCCGCCAUCUCUCUAUCUUUCACUCAUACUUUCCCUCAUCCAAAGAGCGACAGAACUGAUUAUCUGAGUGAGUGGGAGAGAGAGAGAGAGAGAAUGUCAGCUUCUCUCUUCUCAUCUUAGAAGAAAUAGUAGCAAUAAUAGUAUUUCUACUAAGACAGUAGUAAUAAGUAAUAAUAAUCAUAACAACAACAACAAUAAUAAUAAUAAUAUUAGUACUACUACUAUUACAACUAAUAGUAGUAGCAACAGCAACAGUAGUAAUAGUAGCAGUAGUAAUAGUAGUUGUUGCAGCCGCAGCAAUCGCCACCGCCUUACCACCACCACCACUACUGCUACUGCUAACUAAGUAAAGCUCGAAACCCUCCAGCAGUACGUACAGCCAGUAAGUUGUAGUCUGGCGAAAUCCGGGGGGCCUUUAGGACCUCCACUGGUCUAUUGCCAUACUAAAUGGAACUGGAAAAUAUUGUUGCGAAUACGGUCUAUAUAAAGGCACGAGAAGGUGGUGGCGGCAAGAGAAAAGGCAAAAGUCGAAAAUGGAAGGAGAUUUUACAAUUUCCUCACAUAUUACAGUGUUUGGAUAUAAAAAAUAAAAUUUCCCUGACAUACAAGUAUAUCGUUGAACAACAGCCUGUUGGUCGAGAACUGUUCCGCCAAUUCUGCCAAAACAGAUCGGAGAGCAAAUUUAUAGAAUUCUUAGAUGCUGUGGAAGAAUAUGAAAUCAGUCCCGAUGAAAAACGGCCUUGCAUUGCCCAGAUGGUGUUUGAUAAAUACCUUAGCUCAGAGUCUGCGAUUUGUCUAACUCAGGCCAAUGGGACUCAAACACAAGCAAUCCAAGAAGCUAUUUCUGGAAAUAAUUCUAAUAAAGAACUAUUUGAGCCAUGUGCUGAAAUAGCCAGAGAUUAUUUAAGCAAGCAAACAUUUUCAGAAUUCUUAGAAUCAAUGUAUUUUAAACGUUAUUUACAAUGGAAAUGGUUAGAGAGCCAACCAGUCACCAAAAAUACAUUUCGGAUGUACAGGGUGCUGGGGAAGGGAGGUUUUGGGGAAGUGUGUGCAUGCCAGGUGCGGGCCACUGGCAAAAUGUACGCUUGUAAAAAGCUGGAAAAGAAACGGGUGAAGAAGCGCAAAGGGGAGGCCAUGGCGUUGAACGAGAAACAGAUUUUACAGAAGAUCAAUUCUCGGUUUGUGGUGAACUUAGCAUAUGCAUUUGAAACAAAGGAUGCACUUUGUUUGGUACUGACGCUGAUGAAUGGCGGUGAUCUCAAGUUCCAUAUCCACAAUAUGGGACAUCCUGGUUUUGAAGAGGAACGGGCUGUUUUUUAUGCUGCUGAGAUCAGUUGCGGUUUAGAAGACCUGCAUUCAGAGAAUAUAGUGUACAGAGAUCUGAAACCAGAGAACAUUUUAUUAGAUGAUUUUGGGCAUGUUCGGAUAUCUGACCUUGGGCUAGCUGUGGAAAUUACACCUGGGCAAGGUAUCCGAGGACGAGUCGGCACAGUUGGCUACAUGGCCCCAGAAUCUCCCUUUCGAGCUCGUAAAGAAAAGAUCAAGCGUGAAGAAGUUGAUCGACGUGUGAAGGAAGAUCAAGAAACUUAUUCGUCCAAGUUUAGUGAAGAAUGUCGUUCAGUGUGUAUGCAGCUAUUAGAUAAAGAUCCAAAUAAACGUCUCGGAAGUUCUGAAGCAGGUUAUAAAGAGGUCAAAGCUCAUAAAUUUUUCAAAAAUAUCAACUUUAAACGAUUAAUGGCUGGAUUAUAUCGAUCACCGUUUGUCCCAGAUCCACGAGCGGUUUACUGUAAAGACGUUUUGGACAUAGAACAAUUCUCCACUGUAAAGGGUGUUAACCUCGAUCCGAGUGAUGAUACAUUCUAUAGCAAAUUCAACACGGGCAGUGUUUCAAUACCCUGGCAAAAUGAAAUGAUUGAGACAGAAUGUUUUAAAGAAUUGAAUGUGUUCGGUGAAAACUUUACCCCCUCACCGGACCUACUGGAGGACCAGCCACCUCCGCCUCCCAGACCUGGCUUACUAGAUCGAAUCUUGCGUCGUAGGCGGCCUCGUGAUACCAACUGAUAGCCUGUCUUAUUAUCAUAUAGAUCAAAAUCAUUACCACAACAACAACAACAAAAAAAAAAAUGAUUUAUCUAAAGGAAGUCUAUUAACAACUUUAUUGGUGGAUCAGCAGUCAGGAUGGGUUUAAAAAAAAAAAAAUCUUUUUAAAAAGCCUGUCCAGGUUGCUGUUAGCUUAAUAAAUACCAUUGCAUAAUUGGUGCUACAAAAAC